GUUCUGAGUCACUGUUCAGUUUUCUUGCUUUUCUUCUGUUAUUGGAUCAGUAGCACUCUCUUGGGCAGAAAGCUUGUUCUGGUACACGAGUCAUGUUUUGCAUAGUCUCAUAGUAGGGAGCUGUGAAUAAGAGUAAAUAGUUGUCGGGAAGCAAGUAGUAGACAUUUUUGCCCCCUACUGUUUUCAUCUUUUGCUUGCCCCCAGUUGCUACUGGGAUUAAAAAAUGAGGCUGGAAAAAAAUCGAGACAAAUUGAGUUCAUCAGUCUUUCGUGACAGCAUGCUCAGAAUGAAACGAGGAAGGAAAACUGAUGAGGCCAACAACAGUUCAUUGGGAGAGACAACUGAGAAGGAAACCAAGAGACACAAGGUUACAGAGAAGAAAACCAUCGUUGUGCAGAGUCCUGACUGGGCGAACCUGCUUCAAGACGUUAUCCUGCAGGUGUUUCAGUACUUGCCCCUUCUGGAUCGUGCUCACGCAUCCCAGGUCUGCCGAAGCUGGAACCAAGUGUUUCAUAUGCCAGAUCUCUGGAGGUGUUUUGAGUUUGAACUGAAUCAACCAGCUACAUCGAACUUGAGGACUACACAUCCUGAACUAAUCAAGCAAAUAAUAAAAAGGCAUUCCAAUCACCUGCAGUAUGUAAGCUUCAAGGUGGACAGUAGCAAGGAAUCUGCAGAAGCAGCUUGUGAUAUUUUAUCCCAGCUUGUGAAUUGCUCUCUGAAAACACUUGGGCUAAUUUCAACUGCCCGGCCAAGCUUCAUGGAUUUACCAAAGUCUCACUUUAUUUCUGCACUGACAGUGGUGUUUGUAAACUCCAAAUCCCUCUCUUCACUCAAGAUUGAUGAUACACCGGUAGAUGAUCCAUCUCUCAAAGUGCUCGUGGCUAAUAAUAGUGACACACUCAAACUGUUGAAAAUGAGCAGUUGUCCUCAUGUUUCUCCAGCUGGUAUCCUUUGCGUGGCUGACCAGUGCCAUGGCUUACGUGAGUUGGCCCUGAACUACCACCUGCUGAGUGAUGAGCUGCUGCUUGCUUUGUCUUCUGAAAAACACGUCAGGUUAGAACACUUGCGCAUUGACGUUGUCAGCGAAAACCCUGGGCAGACUCAGUUCCACACGAUUCAGAAGAGCAGCUGGGAUGCCUUCAUCAAGCAUUCUCCUAAAGUAAAUUUAGUAAUGUACUUUUUCUUGUACGAGGAAGAGUUUGACCCAUUCUUUCGUUACGAAAUACCUGUCACUCACCUUUACUUCGGAAGAUCAGUAAGCAAAGACGUACUUGGCCGCGUUGGAAUGACGUGUCCUCGGCUGGUUGAACUGGUGGUGUGUGCCAAUGGAUUGCGGCCGCUGGAUGAGGAGCUGAUCUGUAUUGCCGAGCGGUGCAAGUACCUGUCGGCGGUUGGCCUAGGAGAAUGUGAAGUCUCUUGCAGUGCCUUUGUUGAGUUUGUGAAGAUGUGUGGCGGUCGUCUCUCUCAGCUUUCUAUCAUGGAGGAAGUUUUGAUUCCUGAUCAGAAAUACAACUUAGAGCAGAUUCAUUGGGAAGUUUCAAAGCAUCUCGGUAGAGUGUGGUUCCCAGACAUGAUGCCCACAUGGUAAAGUCCUUAAGAGACUCCAGGGCAGAUGGAAUAGCACCUUAAACCCAAGCUUACCAUACUGCAAUAAAAGCUUAUUUAAUAAUAUAGAUUUUACUGCAAGUUAAUUCAUUAUUUGAUUAGAAAAUUAAUUUUUCUUUUAAAAAUUAUUUUUGACCUCUAGAUCCAAAAAUAGAAUUCACAGUUCCAAAACCUGUUUUCAUCGAAACAAAAGUGAGGUUUGUUUUAGAUUUGAUCUUUUUCAUUGAAAGUGAUCUCAAAUGUUUUUGGAAAUAAAACAAAAGUAUCUAAAAUAUUGAAAUACCUGCAAAAUACCAGUUUUAAUAUGCUGUCCUUCUUUGAUUUAGAUAGUAGUAUCGAACGCAACCAGAUUUGAUCUUAAAAAACCAGAUUUGAUCUUAAAAAACCAAACUCCAACUAAAUUGCAUGCUUUUGUUGCAGACUGUAGCAUUUCUAAUCCAGUCACCUAGAUGACAAGAUGAAGUUUAUAAGUGUUUAGUAGCCUGUGAAAUAUACACAUUGUUAUAUAAAAAUCAUAAAAGGCAAGAGAAAUACACAGUAAUAACAGUUUAGACAACUCAAAUAGUAAGUUUGCUACCUUAUUCAAACAGUAGUGUGAGCUACCAAAAGCAGUGUGGGGUUUUUUCCCCCCUCUCUACGCCUUUUAAUGUAGUUUGCUUAUGGAGUCUCAGAUCUGCAUCUAAACCUGUUUUAAGGUACUUUAUGUCUAGCUCAGGAAGCGAAAGCAUUCUGGGGGAAAAUGUAGAUACAUUGUAUUUAAAAAUAAAUUGUAGUUAAUGAGCUUUUCUUGCACAUUAACCAGCUUGGCAGCAUACAGUGAGAUGGAAUAAUGUACAGUUUAUGAAAUGAACCCAGCAAUGUUAUUCUCAUGACAUGGGUGUGAAUAAGGUGAGAUAGGAAAGGUAAAAUUUGAAUGGUGACCAAGAACCUUUUCACAAAAUCUUAGACCUUUUGGCUGCUUUCAGUUUGAGAGAAAUGACAUUGUAACAGUUGCUUAAGCUGUAUAAACUAACUGUAUACUGUAAAUCUGUUUCAGAAAUGUUUAUGUACAAAGUGGACGUUUGAUAGAUAAUCAUUUUGUAUACCUUUAAUUCAGCUAGUUCUGUCAGUUCAUAAUAUUUAAAAACCCAAAAGGAGUAAACUUGGUGAAGUAGAGCGAUAGGCAAAAAUUUGUUUUGAACAUUUGAUAAAUCAGUUUUAUUAAAGGAAAUUUUUAGUCUGUAAGUGGUGUAGGCAAGACAUUGCCUGUGAUCUGGAUGUGGCUUGUGACUUCAUUUCUUGCUGCCAACAGUUAUGUUAUUUUCUCUUUGACGUUCCUGAUUGGUAACACUAAAGCGUUGACGUGACAGCUGCAUGUCUGGCAGGUGUGGUCAGCCAUCAGCAAGGCAAUGCUGCUCGGGCUGCAGGCUGGGCUGAACUCUCGCUUGAGCUGUACAGCUCCUUCUGGUAGUAAGUAGAUUUCCUUCAUUUCUGAUUUCAGUAAUGUUUAACCAGGUGUAUAGCUCAGUGUAAUACACUUAUGAGUGUAUUUAAGUUCAUAACUAUAUUUUGAGCAAACAAUGCUCAGCGGACUGGACAUCUUUAUAGAGGAGUUAGAUGUUUCUGUAGAGCUUUGAUUUAAAAAUUGCAUUUUAUGAAAUAUGCGGGUUUUGUAUUAGAAUUUGUUAAAUUAAUGUAAUACUAUAAUUUGCUUUUAUUUGUAUAAAAGGUGUCAAUAUAUUUAGUCCAUAAAAGUAAAA